GAUAUUUCGCAACAAGUUAGUGACACGUUUUUUACUCCGACGAUCGUGAGAAAAAGAACAGUCAAGUUAAGUUCGCCUCAUGUUAAGUUACGGAAAAAACCUCGUCGCACAGAGUCAUCCAUUGCUCAAGAGAUUUUUACAAAUCCACUGUUGCCUGAAAUUCCCGACAAAGUGUGGACCACCCUCAACUACGGAGCCAGUCAGCCUAGCGAACUUAGUCAAUUUCAAUUUAGCCAGUCGAUUUAUGAAUAAGUCUGUAUUACCAUUCGCUCCUUGUGAUCUCUCGUACAACGUAGCAGGAACUGCAUUAAACAAUUACUAACACUCACACAAUGUAAAGUAUUUGUUUAAGAUUCUACAGUAGAAUUUCUACUACUUUGCCGUUUUAGAAAGUUUGUAUAUUCAACUUGUCGCAAUAUGUAUGUAAUUGCCAAAAUUAACUGUUCUAUAUAAUAAUAUGUUUUGCUUUAUAAUAGUCAACAUUCCAAAUUAACCUGCCGAUAUAAUAAAGUCAAAUUGUACACACGUUACGCUGCGCAGUACAAUACAUUAUUAUUUAGCUUUUAAUUUAUGUACGUGUAUAAGUGGAGCCUAAACAGGAAAUGUAGUUCUGAAAAGUAUACUGCAAACAAACACGUACUUAUUAAUGGGAUUUUAUUGUAAGUUAGCAUUGAAUGAAUGAUAAUAACAACAAUAUAAUGAUGGGUCCUGUACAUGUUUUUACCAAGCUCAAUAUUGGUGAUGGUCUGCCUUUCUUGAACACAAACCUAGUUGAAAAUGAAACAAACUUUUAAUUGACAAUAUAUUCUUUUUUCCCCAAUUUUUCUUCUGAAAUUGAAGCAGUGAUUGUAAAAAAUGAAUCCCUUGAGAUGGGUGUGGUGGACAUCUCCACAGUUUUUAUUCGGACUCUUGUUACUCCUCCUUGCUGACAUUCAUGCAUUAUUUGGCCCAGUCUGUGAUCCAGAUACGUAUGCUGUUCCAUUUGUCCAUGUUUUGAAGAAACGCAACGGACAACCGAUAGAGUCGUUAGACUUUAGUGGAUUCAUUAAUUUGACCAAAUAUACUCACAAACUACUUUGUUUGAAUGGAAUUGUGCUAUUGUACAAGGAUAUCAUCACCAGAGAUAACGACACAGUUAUAUUUACUAACCCUUCCUUGGAAAUUCACAUUCAUAAUUGUUCAGUUUUCAAUCAGAUUGCAACGAAAAAGGCAAUCGAGCUCCGUGAUGCUGGUAUUCGCGACCCCACAUUAUUUGACGUAGCAGAAUCCGACAUUGUGGGCAGACGGAUCACUGGAGUUUAUCUAAUCAGCGAACCCAAAGACUACUACCUUCAAACAGCGGUCAUGUUUCUGCAACAACGCUGGGAUUAUAUUGCAACUUCUGAUUCUCGAAUAACUGAUGGUUCUUUGAUAACCGUUGGCAGAGGACCCUUUUGUCUCUCUCUCUACAAUGACAGACUGGACAUUGUGGUGGAGGCGCAGGAUGCUGCAAUAACGGACACAUCAGUCUGCAAGUGGACUUUGGAAGAGGAUCGAUUGGAUCCCGAACUCGUGGGAAAAUACAAAAGAAUCUUUAACGGUUCGUUGACUAGAGGUCAAAUAGGGUGGCAUUCGUGCGGUGGUUCUGGAGGAAGCGGUGGGGAUGGGUUAGGGCCCUACCCAAUUGGUGGAAGUACCACGCCCGCGCCUCCUCCAAUGACAACAACAAUUGACCCAUUUUCAAUUUUUCAAGGCUCUAAAGUGACAGCAAUUCUUAGGGCAAGAGCCAAGAAAGUAGUAGGAAAACAUGGAAGAUCCUCAUAUCAAAGAGGAAAUAUGACCAAUUGGAUGGGAGACGGUGGUUCAGAACCUGGCCAACCCAAUCCUGGCACAGGAAAACCAAUCGUAGAUGAAUGGGAUUUCUCUGAAGACUAUUAUAUUAUACUAGACCCUGCUCACUGUGAAAUGCUUCCACCAAAAGUCACCAGCAAGUCGCCACAAUGUGAGGAAGCGCCUACGGAUGAAGAAACGUGUACAUUAUUCAAGAAAAGUUUAUCCAUUGAUGUAGACCCACCAGUUGAACUUGAUUCUUGGAGAAAGAACGUCUUGGACGUAGCAUCUAAUAUUUUUAGCAAAAUAUGCGAACCUUUUCCUUCCCAUGUACCAUUUACUGUCUCCCGAGCCCUGGGGUAUCUACUCAACAAAACUAAAGCUCAAACGGUAACUCAGAGAGCCAUUUGGACUCAUUUAACAGCAGAACUGGAGAGAUGUGAUACUGAAGCGAAACCAAUGUCUUGGUACUGGGACAAUAAAGAAGACUCAAAUGUUCCUCAUGAAGCGGAACAUGUUACGUGCGUCAUACAAAGUUGUUCAGAUGGGUGUGAGAUAAACGAAACAAAAAGUGGCGAGUCUGCUUGCCACCCAUCAUUCGACUGUUCGAAAACGCAUAUCGAAUGCCCAAGUCCAUGUGCGUUGGACCCAACAACCGGAGCAUGUACUUUUGUUCUCCAAAACGAAGAUUCUGACGGCUCAAACUGCUCCUCGACAUUACCAACUUGUCCAGACCCUUGUGUGCUGCACAAAGGAGUUUGUAUAAAUCAGGAAUGUCGCGUUGUAACUUGCUCUCCAGAAAAAGACUGUAAACCAUCAUACAACGGAAGUCAGUGUGAAAUGAAAAGAGUUGACGAUGGUGCUUAUCCAACGGCCAACGCCUUGUCUUCAAAUGACAUUGAAGCUGAUCUACAACAAAGUGGAGCAAUAGCUGGUCCCCCAUCUUCGAAUGCAAUUCUUGUCGAUUAUCCACUAAACGAAAUUGUUGUCACUCAUGAAUUUAUUCAUCCAAAGAGGAAUGGCAGCUACGAUUUUAAUGGCUACCCAAUUAAUGUUCUAGUUAUUACAAAGGUCACUUCACCGCAAGGGCGUAGCAUUAAUUUCCCGGUGGGGAAAAGCGAAAUUUUUGGAGAGUGCUUAUUUUAUUAUCAAGACAAGGCAGAAUCUGACUAUGAACUGGGAAUUGCAAUUGAUAUUUUCUGGAAAAUAUGGACAACUGUAAUUGGUUACUGCAAUCAGCAUUAUCAAGUCCGAAAGUCAGACACUUUUCCCCGGCUGUACAAUACAUUUUAUGAAGAUUUUCUAUUGCCAGUUAUCGAAGAGUGGAAAUAUCCAAAACAUAACCAGGCCUUCAAAUCAAUUUUUGGGGACUUGAGUACUGACACUGCGCAAGCAUGGCUCGACAUCUGCUUAGAAAGUUCGUUCAUCAUUUCGAACGCUUCAAAUUAUAGACCCCCUCGACCAGUGAUACUUGGCGAUGAUGCAACUGUACCAAAGCAGGCAAAUUAUUUCCUGGAAAUUCCUGAUCAUACGUCUGCAAGUUUUAAUCCAAUCAAUUUGUCUGACCCAGUAGAUCCUAUAAAAUGUCCCUAACUUGUACUUUUUAUUUAAUCGCACAAUCAUGUAUAAAUAUAAGGAAUUAAUUCUAGUAAACGAUAUAUGUAGAAAAUAGUGGUGGUGCUAGUGCUAUCGCUAUCAAACAACGCUCGCCACCAUAUAGUUUGCUGAAAUUAUUAAUUUCAAAUUAAAAAUACAUUUUACAUCUUAUCGUGCCCUCAAAAGUCAUGGAGAGGUCACAGACACGAUGUACUAUUUCAAAUUGUCUAGUCCUUAUCCAUACCUUUCGAAUGAAACGACAUAUGUAUGUUAGAGGUAGCUAAGUAUUUUUGAGUGUGGUGACCUUUCACUGACAACGACCCUCUAGGUCAAUAACAAUAACAAACUGGAUCUUACUUUUCAGGUCUGCUCUCAACACCCAAAAAUAGAACUGCAAUUUUUUCUUUCAUAAGGUAACGUCCGUCUGUCCUCACCCGUACAGAAGAACGUUCCCUUGAAGUAGUUCGCAACACAAUAUUUGUAAAUUAUUUAAGAAACAGGACAACAGGUCGCAUUUUUCGUAAUAAUCUAUCAUAAGUAUACAUGAUAUAGACUAUAUUAUAUAGUAUAUAUUUAAUACUCUGAUUAAAUCAAACCUAUUAAUGAAC